ACACACUCGGGGAGCUGGAGCGCGGCGCGGACGCGAAGCCGCCCGGCUGCUGCGCCCAGAGCCAGCCGGAGCCCGAACCGCAGCGCCAGACCCAGCCGUGUCGAGCCGCAGCCAGGGCCGGGGCCGGCGGCGGCUCCUGGACAGCGGGGCGGGCGGCCGGUGCUGCCCCAAGGCGGCUCUCCUGAUUCUGGAGCCUGCUAUGAUGGGGCCCCUGAGGCCCAUCCCAGGCCCUGGGGGGCAACGGUUGUUGCUGCCCCCCUUGCUGCCGGCACUGCUGCUCCUGUUGGCUCCGUCUGCAGGCCACGCCACUCGGGUAGUGUACAAGGUGCCGGAGGAACAGCCACCCAACACUCUCAUUGGAAGCCUUGCAGCUGACUAUGGUUUUCCAGAUGUGGGCCAUCUGUACAAACUAGAGGUAGGUGCUCCAUACCUUCGAGUGGAUGGCAAGACGGGUGACAUUUUCACCACAGAGACCUCCAUUGACCGCGAGGGACUCCGUGAAUGCCAGAACCAACUCCCUGGUGAGCCCUGCAUCCUGGAAUUUGAGGUGUCUAUCACAGAUCUCGUACAAAAUGGCAGCCCCCGCUUGCUAGAGGGUCAGAUAGAAGUACAGGACAUCAAUGACAACACACCCAACUUUGCCUCACCUGUCAUCAAUCUGGCCAUCCCUGAGAACACCAACAUCGGUUCACUCUUCCCCAUCCUCUGGCUUCGGAUCGUGAUGCUGGCCCCAAUGGUGUGGCAUCCUAUGAGCUGCAGGCCGGGCCUGAAGCCCAGGAGCUAUUUGGACUGCAAGUGGCCGAGGACCAGGAGGAAAAGCAGCCACAGCUCAUUGUUAUGGGCAACCUGGACCGUGAGCGCUGGGACUCUUAUGACCUCACCAUCAAGGUACAGGAUGGAGGCAGCCCACCGCGUGCCAGCAGUGCCCUGCUGCGUGUUACUGUGCUUGAUACCAAUGACAACGCUCCCAAGUUCGAGCGGCCAUCGUAUGAGGCUGAGCUGUCUGAGAAUAGCCCCAUUGGCCACUCGGUCAUCCAGGUGAAAGCCAAUGACUCAGACCAGGGAGCCAAUGCAGAAAUUGACUACACAUUCCACCAGGCACCUGAAGUUGUAAGGCGUCUUCUGAGACUGGACAGAAACACUGGACUUAUCACUGUUCAGGGCCCCGUGGACCGUGAGGACCUCAGCACCCUGCGCUUCUCAGUGCUUGCCAAGGACAGAGGUGCCAACCCCAAGAGUGCCCGUGCCCAGGUGGUCGUUACUGUGAAGGACAUGAAUGACAACGCUCCCACUAUUGAGAUCAGAGGCAUAGGGCUGGUGACCCAUCAAGACGGGAUGGCCAACAUUUCAGAGGACGUGGCAGAAGAGACAGCUGUAGCACUGGUGCAGGUAUCUGAUCGAGAUGAGGGAGAAAAUGCAGCUGUCACCUGCGUGGUGGCAGGUGACGUGCCCUUUCAGCUCCGCCAGGCCAGUGAGACAGGAAGUGACAGCAAGAAGAAGUACUUCUUACAGACUACCACUCCGCUUGACUAUGAGAAGGUCAAAGACUACACUAUUGAGAUUGUGGCUGUGGACUCUGGCAACCCCCCACUCUCUAGCACCAACUCCCUCAAGGUGCAGGUGGUGGACGUCAAUGACAAUGCGCCUGUCUUCACCCAGAGCAUCACUGAAGUUGCCUUCCCAGAAAACAACAAGCCUGGUGAAGUGGUGGCUGAAGUCACUGCCAGUGAUGCUGACUCUGGCUCUAAUGCAGAGCUGGUUUAUUCUUUGGAGCCUGAGCCAGCUGCCCAGGGUCUCUUCACCAUCUCACCUGAGAAUGGAGAAAUCCGGGUGAAGACCUCCCUUGAUCGAGAACAAAGGGACAGCUAUGAGCUGAAAGUGGUGGCAGCUGACCGGGGCAGCCCCAGCCUUCAGGGCACAGCCACUGUCCUUGUCAAUGUGCUGGACUGCAAUGACAAUGACCCCAAAUUUAUGCUGAGUGGCUACAACUUCUCAGUGAUGGAGAACAUGCCGGCAUUGAGUCCAGUGGGCAUGGUGACUGUCAUUGAUGGGGACAAAGGGGAGAAUGCCCGGGUACAGCUCUCAGUAGAGCAGGACAAUGGUGACUUUGUUAUCCAGAAUGGCACAGGCACCAUCCUGUCCAGCCUAAGCUUCGAUCGAGAGCAACAGAGCACCUACACCUUCCAGCUAAAGGCUGUGGACGGUGGUGUCCCACCUCGCUCAGCUUAUGUUGGUGUCACUAUCAAUGUACUGGAUGAGAAUGACAACGCACCCUUUAUCACUGCCCCCUCAAACACUUCGCACCGGCUGCUGACCCCGCAGACACGUCUUGGCGAGACAGUCAGCCAGGUGACAGCCGAGGACAUUGACUCAGGUGUGAAUGCUGAGCUGACCUACAGCAUUGCUGGUGGCAACCCUUAUGGACUCUUCCAGAUUGGGUCACACUCAGGUGCCAUCACCCUGGAGAAGGAGAUUGAGCGGCGCCACCAUGGGCUCCACCGCCUUGUUGUGAAGGUCAGUGACCGUGGCAAACCCCCACGUUAUGGCACAGCCUUGGUCCACCUCUAUGUCAAUGAGACCCUAGCCAACCGCACACUACUGGAGACUCUACUGGGCCACAGCCUGGACACGCCACUGGAUAUUGACAUUGCCGGGGAUCCAGAAUACGAGCGCUCCAAGCAGCGUGGCAACAUCCUCUUUGGUGUUGUAGCUGGUGUCGUGGCUGUGGCCUUGCUCAUUGCCCUGGCAGUGCUUGUGCGCUACUGCCGGCAGCGGGAAGCCAAGAGUGGCUACCAGGCUGGUAAGAAGGAGACCAAGGACCUGUAUGCCCCCAAGCCAAGCAGCAAAACCUCCAAGGGAAACAAAAGCAAGGGCAAGAAGAGCAAAUCCCCAAAGCCUGUGAAGCCAGUGGAGGACGAAGAUGAGGCUGGGCUUCAGAAGUCUCUCAAGUUCAACCUGAUGAGUGAUGCCCCAGGAGACAGUCCCCGCAUCCACCUGCCCCUCAACUACCCACCAGGCAGCCCUGACUUGGGCCGCCACUACCGCUCUAACUCCCCACUGCCUUCCAUUCAGCUGCAGCCCCAGUCACCCUCGGCCUCCAAGAAGCAUCAGGUGGUGCAGGACCUGCCACCUGCAAACACGUUUGUGGGCACUGGGGACACCACAUCCACGGGUUCCGAGCAGUACUCCGACUACAGCUACCGUACCAACCCCCCAAAAUACCCCAGCAAGCAGGUAGGCCAGCCCUUUCGGCUCAGCACACCCCAGCCCCCACCCCACCCCUACCAUGGGGCCAUCUGGACUGAGGUGUGGGAGUGAUGCAGCAGAUAUAUCCUGCCUAUCACUCCAGUUCAAGCCAACAGUGGGAGGUGGGACCACUGAUCUGGGGGUGCUGAGGCCUUGGUAAGGACCCCGCCGCCUCACCCAGGCAUGAGGGGUUGGGCUGAUUGCAAACUGAGAGAGGGUGUGCUCUGUGUUCUCCCUGCCCCCUCCCCACUAGGGAAGAGGCCUGUGACUUUUAGAUCCUGGGAUGCUGGACCAGCUGCUGGGUCUUGUAGGUGGGGAGUGGGCUGGUGAACAGAAGGGUUUGGAGAUAGAGGGGGCAGAGAAAGUGGGAAGAGGUCUAAUCCAAACCUGGGUCUCUGUCUGAGACCAGCCAUAGGUGUUUCUUUAGAGGGGAAACAGGAGAUCUGGGGUCCAGGUGGGAAACGGGGUGGGGAGUCUGCUGGGGAGGGGGAAAUCUCCCCACUUGUGCCUUCUGUGUGUGCUGUGUAUUAACCUCUUCCUUAUCCAGGCUUUUGGGGCUGGGCCCCACAUCCUACCCCAGUCCCAUACACUUGUCCCUGAUAAUAAAGUUCUCUAUUUUUGGA